AUGCGUUCAUUGUCUUAUAUCAAUACCAUCGAUCCACGUUUUUGCGCAACCACACCUUUAACAACUUCGUCUGAAGCAUCUACUUCAGGUGUAAAGAGGAAACAAAGAGAUUAUUUGGAUCAUGGUGAUCAAGUAGUUGUAUGCGACAUAUGCCAUGCUAAGUUGUGGAAAGUUGAGGCUGGAAAAGGAAAGGUUUACUCAGGAAGAACAACUUAUAUGCUUUGUUGUGCUUAUGGAAAAUUAAAUCUUCCUAAUUUUAAAGAGACGUGUCUGGAAUAUCAAAGUCUUUUUAAGAGUUUAGACGACAAGAGCAAGCAUUUCAUACUGAAUAUUCGUCGUUUUAAUUCUAUGUUUUCGUUCACUUCAAUGGGUGGUAAAGUUGAUUCGAAAAUCAAUAGAGGAAAUGCUCCGUAUGUAUACCGAAUUAGUGGCGAGAAUUAUCAUACACUGGGAAGUCUUCUUCCUAAAGAAGGUGGUGAACCAAAGUUUGCGCAACUUUACAUAUACGACACAGAUAAUGAAGUCUGUAAUUGCAAAACCGUAUUUAGUAACUCAAACAAACCAGCUUCCGCAACUUCUGAUUUGCAUGACACUGAACUCAUAGAGUACCUUCAGGUGAUUUUAGAUUCAAAUAAUCAGCUGGUGAAAACAUAUAGACGUGUACGAGGUCGGUUUGUUGAUAAUCCUCAUGUUGACUUAAAAUUAAGGCUUAAGGCAAAUAGGUCUAAAGAUGGUCGUACAUACAACCUACCGACGUCGUCCGAAGUUGCUGCGCUUAUUGUUGGAAACAUUGAGGAAGCUCUUGAUAAUCGUGAUGUAGUUAUUGAGUCAAAGAAAGAUGGUCUACAACGUAUUAGCGAGCUUCAUCCUUCGUAUCUCGCGCUUCAGUAUCCAUUGCUUUUCCCUUUUGGUGAAGAUGGUUACCGGGUUGAUAUUCUUCAUAGAGAAGGAAGGGCAUCAACGAAGAAGAAAGAGUCAAAAUGUAUAAUGAGAGAGUAUUUUGCUUACCAUGUUCAAGAUAGAGUGAAUCAUUUCUCUUUGAUCCUCAAUGCUCGAAGACUUUUGCAACAGUUCUUGGUUGACGUAUAUACGAUGAUUGAAAGUGAACGAUUACUAUUCAUACGUCUGCAGCAAAAAAAAAAAAAAAAACUGAGAUCUGAGACAUAUGAUAACCUUAAAAAGCUUGGACAAAAUGGUAAUCCAGAUAUGUCAAACGUUGGAACACGCGUACUACUACCGUCUUCAUUUACCGGUGGAUCGCGUUAUAUGAGGGAGAAUUAUUAUGAUGCGAUGGCCAUUUGUAAAUGGUUUGGCUACCCAGAUUUUUUCAUUACGAUCACAUGUAAUCCUAAAUGGCCGGAGAAUAAAAGAUUUCUGAAGGACACGAAGAUUAAUCCCGAGGAUAGACCGGACAUUUUAUGCCGAUUGUUCAAAAUUAAGCUUGACGUAAUCAUGAAAGACUUGCGAGAGAAAUCUUUAUUCGGCAAUGCAUCGGCAGUUGUCUAUACCAUAGAGUUUCAAAAACGAGGUCUACCGCAAGCGCAUAUCUGUCUGUUCUUAAAUGACGAAAGUAAGCUUCCUUCGGUUGAGCAUGUUGACAACUUCAUUUCUGCCGAGAUACCUGACAAAAACUUAGAACCAGAUCUAUAUACUCUUGUCAGCGACUAUAUGAUUCACGGACCUUGUGGGUUGUCACUUCCAUGA